AUGAGAAGCAAGCGCCUCGAAAUGGAUUUUGACAGAAAUGGCCGUGGCCUAAGUGGAAACCUAGACCCUCUGAGUUUUUUCCGCCAUUGCCAACAACACAAUUAUUUCUCCGCCUUCCAUUUUUUAGAUUCUCUCCGUGUGCCAGUCGACGAAUGCAACGAAGAUUUGGUGCUCUCGCCGGCCCAGUUCAUCACGUUCUUCUGUGUUCUCAUUCUUGAAGGAGCGUUUUUCGUCGUCAGAACAGUCUUCUUUUUGACGGCAAAGAACCCGGCGCUUUCGGAGAAAACGAGAGAAAUGCAGAAGAGGUUCGUCCGGAGUGUGUGCAUUCAGGUCGCCAUUCCCGUGUUCGUCGUCAUCCUUCUCAUUCUAUACUGCGGAUCGGUCAUCGAAUUUUACUGGUACAAUCAAGGUGCGGUCUGAGUAUUGUCCAUCAACAUCAGCGAUAUUGUAUCUUUUACCAACACUGCCGCCAUUUGCAUCACAUUCCAUGGAAUGAGCUCAAAAUUUGCUAUAUUGUUCAUCUAUGAGCCGUAUAGAACUCAUACAAAAUCAGUUUUAUUCAGGAUUCUGGGAAAGAAGACGUCGACAACAGUUACACCGACUGACAUAUCAGUGACUCCGAAGCAAUCAAAAGUGGACAUCAGAAGAGUUACGACGAUGAGCAUUCAAAAUUAG